AUAAUUCAUAACAUGGUCUGAAACGCGAAAGACGAUGAUCUACUAAGGGAGAAAAUUAAUACAAAAAUGGCGAGAAGAAAUGCAACAGCUAAUUGGCUAGUGGGCCACUACUCACCAACAACAACUCCAUCGACGACUUCCUCAAGCCGUCCAUCGUCUCCAUCUCCCGACCUCUGCAAGUUACAGAAACCCACGAAUUCGACUGGGUCUGAGAUCGCCAAGUGAAGAAAAGCCCCGGCAAAAAUGGGGUGCGGGAAUCUGUUCUUCACAGCUCUAAUAAGCUUCUCGGUAGCUCUAAUCACUUACAACGUUCUAAUCGCCGCCAAUGCUCCUCUCAAGCAGGACUUGCCCGGCCCGUCCACAGUUUCCUCCAUCGAUCCAAUCAUCCAGAUGCCCAAGGACAGAUCGAGGAAAUUCGGCGGUUCUUCUUCCAUCACCCAGAAGCGCCUCUUCCACACCGCCGUGACCUCCUCCGAUUCCGUCUACAACACCUGGCAGUGCCGGGUGAUGUACUACUGGUUCAAGAAGUUCCGGGAAGGACCCAACUCCGAUAUGGGAGGGUUUACCAGGAUAUUGCACUCCGGCAAGGCCGAUAAGUUCAUGGAUGAGAUCCCCACUUUCGUUGCUCAGCCGCUUCCCUCCGGCAUGGAUCAGGGUUAUAUCGUACUCAAUAGACCAUGGGCAUUUGUGCAAUGGCUUGAAAAAGCGGAUAUCAAAGAAGAGUAGGGAACACUUUAACUUUGGAGAUCAAUGGAGUUUAUUUGAUGGGUUUCACUGGGUUUGACCUUCAUUUUUCUCUGCCAUUCUUUGCCAUAUGCACCAGUUAUAUAUUGAUGUCGGAGCCUGACCACAUUAUUGUGAAACCCAUACCGAAUUUGAGCAAAGACGGGCUCGGAGCUGCGUUUCCUUUCUUCUAUAUCGAGCCUAAGAAGUAUGAAACAAUAUUGCGGAAGUACUUCCCUGAGGAAAAAGGAUCAGUUACUAAUAUCGAUCCUAUAGGGAAUUCCCCUGUCAUCAUAGGAAAGGAGUCUCUUAAGAAGAUAGCUCCCACUUGGAUGAAUGUAUCUUUGGCAAUGAAAAAAGAUCCUGAGAGCGAUAAAGCCUUCGGCUGGGUGCUUGAAAUGUACGCUUAUGCUGUUUCAUCUGCUUUGCAUGGAGUUGGCAAUAUCUUGUACAAGGACUUCAUGCUUCAGCCUCCAUGGGAUACAGAAAUUGGGACAAAGUUCAUCAUCCAUUAUACUUAUGGAUGUGACUAUGACAUGGAGGGCAAGUUAACCUAUGGUAAAAUUGGUGAAUGGAGGUUUGACAAAAGGUCAUAUGACACAAUUCCACCUCCAAGAAACCUUCCCCUGCCUCCCGCCGGUGUUCCAGAAAGCGUGGUGACACUGGUGAAAAUGGUGAAUGAAGCCACCGCAAACAUUCCAGAUUGGGGAUCAUAGACUGGAAAGACCAUUUUGAAGUUCCAUACGAUUCUUUAACUGCAAAACAGAGCGCCUAUCCUGUGUGUAGAAUGUAGAUGUCGAUGGUGGUUGUAAUAUUAUGUGCCUCUUUGUACAUCCUUGUUCUGUUUGGAUUUCCACCCUCAUUGAAGCUUGCUGCCGUGAGAAUUAAGGGUAGCUGUAGAUGGUUGAUCUACAAUAGGGUGAAAUGAUCAAAAGGAUAAACAGAUCUCCGAUCGAUAAUUGAUAUGGUGGUUGGUUGGUAUUUACAAUGCAACUUGAUGAAAUGUAAUGGCUCUUGGCUGUGUUGUGUGUCGAUCUUAUUUUGUAAACAAACGUCGUUGACACAGACGUCAUCAAUUUUGGAAUUCCAGUUCCUUUACAUUGUUUAUGAUUCAGCAAUUGAUAUAUUUU